AAGAAGAAGAAGAAGGGCGUCCGGGGUGACUGGUCGAGGCAGAGCCGCUAGGACGCUUUCUGGAGUGGACGUUUGAUUCGCCGUUUUCCUGUCCAGGCCCGGGUGGAGUCCAUUUUCCCUCGUUUCUCUGAGGACGUCCGGACCGUCGGACCCAUCGCCGCCACGGUGCGCGUGUGACGCUUUAAGGACUGCUCAUGCAUCGCUUAAGGACUUGUGCGGCGCGACUGCGUCCGCUCACCGCCUCGCAGGCGGCUCAGACUGUCGGCCAACAGCGGCCAAUCACAGUUGCUAAUGGAGUCGGCACAAGGACGUUUCGGCCAAUCAGGUGCUACUCGACACCUGUGGCCUCUGAACCGUUCCUGAAUGGGACGAGCUCCAACUAUGUGGAGGAGAUGUACUACGCCUGGUUGGAGAACCCAAAGAGUGUCCACAAGUCGUGGGACGUGUUUUUCCGUAACGCCAACGCCGGUGCUCCUCCCGGCGCCGCCUAUCAGUCUCCUCUGGGUCUGGCUGCGGCAUCGGGCCUGGCAGCCCCACAGCUGUCCUCGCUGGUUGGAGCCCAGCCCAACGUGGAGAAGCUGGUGGAGGAUCAUCUGGCCGUCCAGUCCCUCAUCAGAGCUUAUCAGAUCCGGGGGCACCAUGUGGCCCAGUUGGACCCCCUCGGCAUCAUGGACGCUGAUCUGGACUCGUGCGUUCCCACUGACAUUAUCACAUCCUCCGACAAGCUGGACCUGUUCCAGGAGCGUCUGAACCGGCUGACGGUCGGAGGGUUCUACGGUCUGGACGAGUCGGACCUGGACAAGGUGUUCCGGCUGCCCACCACCACUUUCAUCGGUGGCUCAGAGUCGGCGCUGCCGCUGAAGGAGAUCAUCCGCCGCCUGGAGAUGGCGUACUGUCAGCACAUCGGCGUGGAGUUCAUGUUCAUCAACGACCUGGAGCAGUGUCAGUGGAUCCGACAGAAGAUUGAGACCCCAGGAGUGAUGCAGUUUACCCUGGAGGAGAAGAGAACGCUGCUGGCUCGGAUGGUUCGCUCCACCAGGUUUGAGGAGUUCCUUCAGAAGAAGUGGUCUGCAGAGAAACGGUUUGGACUGGAGGGAUGCGAGUCUCUGAUCCCAGCUCUCAAGACCAUCAUAGAUAAAUCCUCGGAGAACGGAGUGGAGAACGUCAUCAUGGGCAUGCCUCACAGGGGUCGGCUGAAUGUUCUGGCGAAUGUGAUCCGUAAAGAAUUGGAGCAGAUCUUCUGCCAGUUUGACUCAAGGCUGGAAGCUGCUGAUGAGGGCUCUGGAGAUGUGAAGUACCAUCUGGGGAUGUAUCAUCGUCGGAUCAACAGAGUGACGGACCGGAACAUCACCCUGUCUCUGGUGGCUAACCCGUCUCACCUGGAGGCCGUUGACCCUGUGGUUCAGGGAAAAACCAAAGCCGAGCAGUUUUACUGCGGAGACACCGAUGGAAACAGGGUGAUGUCCAUUCUGCUGCACGGAGACGCAGCCUUCGCAGGUCAGGGCAUCGUCUACGAGACCUUCCACCUGUCUGACCUGCCGUCCUACACCACCCACGGCACCGUCCAUGUGGUGGUCAACAACCAGAUUGGUUUCACCACCGACCCCCGCAUGGCCCGCUCGUCUCCGUACCCGACUGACGUUGCUCGGGUCGUCAACGCCCCCAUCUUCCACGUCAACGCAGACGACCCUGAAGCAGUCAUCUACGUCUGCAAGGUGGCUGCAGAGUGGAGGGCCACCUUCCACAAAGACGUGGUGGUCGAUCUGGUGUGUUACCGCCGAAUGGGUCACAACGAGAUGGACGAGCCGAUGUUCACUCAGCCGUUGAUGUACAAACAGAUCAAGAAGCAGAAGCCAGUUCUGCAGAAAUACGCAGAGAAGCUGAUCGCAGAAGGAGCCGUGAGCCGACAGGAGUAUGAGGAGGAGAUCGCCAAGUACGAUAAGAUCUGUGAGGAGGCGUACGCUCGCUCUAAGGAUGAGAAGAUCCUGCACAUCAAGCACUGGCUGGACUCGCCAUGGCCCGGUUUCUUCACUUUGGACGGACAGCCCAAGUCCAUGAGCUGCCCGUCCACCGGCAUCUCUGAGGAGAACCUGAACCAGAUCGGCCAGGUGGCGUCCUCCGUCCCCGUAGAGGACUUCACCAUCCAUGGAGGUCUUAGUCGUAUCCUGAAGAGCCGAGGGGAGAUGGUCCGGAACCGGACCGUGGACUGGGCCCUGGCUGAGUACAUGGCUCUGGGGUCUCUGCUGAAGGAGGGGAUCCACGUCCGUCUGUCGGGUCAGGAUGUGGAGCGAGGAACCUUCAGCCACCGUCAUCACGUCCUCCAUGACCAGAACGUGGACAAGAGAACCUGCAUCCCCAUGAACCAUCUGGCUCCGGACCAGGCGCCGUACACCGUCUGCAACAGCUCGCUGUCCGAGUACGGAGUUCUGGGCUUUGAGCUGGGCUUUGCCAUGGCGAGCCCGAACGCUCUGAUUCUGUGGGAGGCCCAGUUUGGAGACUUCCACAACACGGCGCAGUGCAUCAUCGACCAGUUCAUCUGCCCGGGUCAGGCCAAGUGGGUCAGACAGAACGGCAUCGUCCUGCUGCUGCCGCACGGCAUGGAGGGCAUGGGUCCAGAACAUUCUUCGGCUCGACCUGAGAGGUUCCUCCAAAUGUGCAACGAUGACCCGGACGUGAUGCCCAAACUAGGGGAGGACUUUGCGGUCCGGCAGCUCUACGACUGUAACUGGAUCGUGGUGAACUGCUCCAGUCCAGGAAACUACUUCCACGUUCUGAGGAGACAGAUCCUGCUGCCCUUCAGGAAGCCGCUCAUCGUCUUCACUCCCAAGUCUCUGCUGCGUCACCCUGACGCCCGGUCCAGUUUCGACGGGAUGCUGCCGGGAAGCCACUUCCAGAGGGUGAUCCCAGAGGACGGGCCGGCGGCGGAGCGGCCGGAGGCGGUGAGGAGGCUGAUCUUCUGCACAGGAAAGGUUUACUACGAGUUGACCAAAGAGAGGAAGAAGAGGGGCCUGGAUGAGACGGUGGCCAUCAGCCGCAUGGAGCAGCUCUCCCCGUUCCCGUUCGACCAAGUGAAGGCGGAGUUUGAGCGUUUCCACAACGCCGACCUGGUGUGGUGUCAGGAGGAGCACAAGAACCAGGGUUACUACGACUACGUGAAGCCUCGCAUCCGGACCACCAUCAACAAGGCCAAGAACGUCGGGUACGCCGGCAGAGACCCGGCUGCAGCUCCGGCCACAGGAAACAAGAACACCCACCUGAUGGAGCUGCGGCGCUUCCUGGACACGGCCUUCGACAUGGACGCGUUCAAAGACCAGCAGUAGAGCGGCCCCGGGGCCCACUCUGACCCACCCCCCUCCACCCGGUUCCACUGUUUCUGACACUACAGCAGCUUUCACUGAGGGCUGAGUUUAACCCGACGGUCCGAUAGAGCGGACCCUAAACUCGCGCUGAUGACGCUUUGAUCGCAGUUUCCUCGAAAAUCCAACGAACGUUGGAGUCCGACUCCGUCACAUCAAACAGGGCGUGUUUGUUGGGACGGACCCGGCCUC